CACACCCAUGACGACCGAACAAGCACACGCUCGACGAUGACGAUGAUGAUAGCCACACUGAGACCUCCCGAGGUCAUCCUCAAACAAGACUGUCCGAUCGCCUGGCCGAUCGACGACGCGAUAAUUCUCACCGAUCCUGCGCAAGAACAGCUCGAAUGGAUCAGGUCGAGGUAUCAUCAGACGUUGUUCUUGCCCGAGCAACUCGCACCGCUCGAACAGCUCGCCCGGGACCUACAACGCAUGUCACUCCCCCCUCAAGCGUCCACAUCCACAUCGACCUCCACCCUUCAAAUACAACACGACCCUUCUCAACCUGAACCUAGCUCCGACCUUAAUUCGAAUCCUAUAUCACAGCUCCUCCUCACUCUCCCGGAGAUCGAAAAGAAGCACCGUAAACGCCUUUCUGAACCUAUCGAACGGUACAUCCGUAACGCCAUUGCCAUACCUGGACCGACAGCGACUACGGCUACCGAGUCUGGAGUUGACGUCACAGCUGGAGUUGGUAUGGAUACAAAAGAGAUUUUUGAGAACGACCUGGAAAGACGGAAUUGGAGAGAGGGGAUGAGGUAUCGAGCGGAAAGCGGGGGGUUUUCUAUUCCAGAAGGAGUGCAGGAGGAUAGGGAGGUCGGUAGGAUGAGGAAGAGGGUGACGGACGAGUUUGAGAGGAGAGAGGUUAUGAUCCAGAUCAUCCUCCUCCUUACCCAUAUGCAGCUUCAAACCUCUUUCAAAUCGAAAUCAUCAUCAAAUGACCCCGAACCGCCAAACACAGACAAAGACGAUUCCCGAAAGACCAAAAAGAAACGCCUCAAGAAACCCCCGAAAUCCUCGUCCUCUUCUACGCCUUCCUCUCCCGUAUCGGACCCCGCCGCAGCGCUAGACCUCCUCACAGACCGCUUGACCGUCUGGCAAGCCAUCGGAGGAACAGAAGUGGCCGUCUAUUCAGAGAAGGACGUACGUGGGUGGAUCAAUGGUAAGAAGAUCCUUGCAGGGGAAGGGGAUGGGGAAGAGGACUGGGUCAAGAGGUUUUGGAGGGUCGUCGUCUGGCCGCUCUUUGGCUCUCGGCGGCGGAAUAUGAAUGGUAGUGGGGCUGGCGAUGGAGGUAGGUCAGCGGAUGUCGAAAAGUUUGUCAGGGGGAUGCAUAGGAAGGUCUUUGGCGCGGACGUCGUCAUGGAAGAAGACGUUGCCCCUAAAACCAUCGCGAUGGAACUAGAACCCGUAGUAGCUGCGCCGAAACGUACGAUGAAGAGAGAACCGUCUGUGAUCGCGAUCAACCCACCUGGAUUCGGAACUUCGAACUCGGGCCAGUCCACGUUCAUCCGAUCUGCCAGUGUACAAGCGGUACAGAUGGGUACGGGGAGUUCGAGGCGCAGUUCGAUGGAAUCUAAUUCCAGCGUCAGGAUGCUCUCGACCUCGAUCAAAGAUCCCAGUCGAGCGGGUAGUAUGGGACCUCCCGCUCCCGCUCCGGGUCGACGUGUUUCGGGCAAUGGCAAUGCACCCGACUCGCUGGAUCUGGACGAAUCCGAGCUCGACAGUCUGGGACGAAGUGGGAGUUUGAGGCGAUCGACUUCUAGAGUCAAUAGCGGGAUGAACCUAUUCAAAGGCCGGGAAGUCGGGUUUAGCCGUUCAAACUCGUUCAAGCCGAUCGAGAGUUCUGGCUCGAACAGCCAAGCAGGAACCUCCUUGGGGCAGAACGGAUCGGGGUCAGGUUCGGGUACCCUGGGUGGCGGGGUUCCGCUGGGGAGGACUUCGAGUGCGAUGGCGGGAAUGAACGUGAUUUUGGGUAAACGAAAGACGAUGAUCGUGCCGAAAGACAAGACUUCUUCCGGAUCGUUUAUCAAGCCGACGGACCCGGCUCAUCGGACCGCUGGUCCAGGCGGCAGUGGGGGUCUGCAAAAGAGCUUCUCUACGAGCAUGUUGGCGAUGGCUACCCCGUCAAAACCCCGGUACGAAUCUCGCUUGACAGCAGAAUCGCAACCGAUACCCAUGGCCGCAGCACCGGCAUUGAGCGCGUUCGUGGCUGAAACGCCGAGCAAUGCCAGCGCACGACGUCAGACGGCCGAUAGUCGGUUCACUGCGAACAAGGCCAGCUGGGAGAGUACAAGACAGGUCCUCUUCCCUACGGCCAGUGGCAGUCAGGGCGAGGGAGGUAGUUCGCUCAAAGGGGAAGAUCAGCACGGGCUGGCUGAUUUCAUGGAAGACACGGACGACGAGGAUGAUGGGGCCAGUUUCUUCACGAGUGGGAAACGUCGGCGACUCGAUUCGAACGCAAAAGACAAUCUUCGGCACGUCGUGCUCUUCCGCAAUCCAGCUGGCGAUGCGAAGCAGGAUCAAUAUACGCAACUAUUGACCGCGACAAAACGUUUCCGACCAAAGUCCUUGUCGGUGCUCGGGCAGACGUUCGUGAAUCAGCAGGAGCUAGCAGAAGUCAUCAGGAGCGAAAGCGACAAAUGGUCAGGGCUGAUAGCGACGAGCAAACGGGCGGGAGAAGCGUGGUGUGCCGCCUGCAAGAUCGUCAAACAGGAAGGACACGGGGGCGAUCCUGAUUGGUCUCACGUUCCGCUCUACACUCCCGGUCCUGCUACAGGAGCAUCAUUCGUCGGACCCGAUCUGACUUCGCCCUUCAUCCCGCGCCGUAUUGAUGCGGCAGAAGAGACGGGCUCAGCGAUCCCUCUAGGCACUUUUAUCGUUCAUCACCAUCGGACGCUAUCUCAAAAUCCGGAACGACCACUCUUGAUUUUAGAAGGCGACAAGAACGGUCCUAACCUGACAGAGACUCUUGGCGACACUAUUCUUUACUCUCAACGCGAGACCUACGCGACAGGGCCUCGCGAAGAUCUCGCCCUAGACCUAUUGCACCUGUGCCAGACGUUAUCGGCGGAUUCUAGCUGGAAUCGACCCACUUGGCUGGUUUUCUUUGCGCCUUCCUCAGCUAAAGCCGUCUUGGACUGCUUGGAGCUGACCGAGUUCGCUUCGGGCCUGCCUCUUGCCGGUGCUCCGCGUGUCGAAUCCAUGCUGCGUUUCCGCCUGGCUUCUGUGGGGAACACGACUGCAGCUUACCUGAGCGAUCGGGGACUCGAGGUUGAAGCUGUCGCCAAACAGCCAACGGCGGAAGGUGUACGAGAUGCUCUGCAGGAAGCUGAUUGAGGCCGAAAUUGA